GGAUUUCCACAUUUCACACAGCAGCUCAGAGCACAGUGUGCUAACGACCGCCGCGGUGGCUUAUUCCGCCACUAGCGCGACCGAAACGCGUUCUAAAACAAAUACUAGAUCAAAUUCUAAUUCAAUCGUUUAUCCUCUGCGCUUAGUGAAUUCACAUCGGGGUGCUGGCGAGAAUGGCCAGCAACUGAACUCUAAGAUCGGAGUUGCGUUGCUGAUAAUACAACACCAUGACCAAGAAAUUUGAAUUCAACUGGCAGAUACCAGUCCCCGAGCCGCUGUUGCAGGGCGCAGUCUUCGACAGAUGGACGGAAGAGAAGGACAAUACAGAGUUUGAACAAAAUUGCUUAUUCAAGGUCGACGAAUAUGGCUUCUUCAUCUACUGGAAGAGUGAUGGAAAGGACGGUGACGUGAUAGAAUUGUGUCAAGUAAGCGACGUCAGAUCCGGAGGUGUUCCCAAGGACUCCAAGCUCAACUCGAAUCUGGUGAACAAACACGGGGACACGUUGGAAGACAAAUCGCUAACCAUAUGCAGUGGAACUGACUAUAUUAACAUCAACUACCAACACGUGGUGUGUCCUGACGCCGCCACAGCGAAGGUUUGGAAGGAAGGACUACGAGCUAUCACGCACAACAACAAAAUCAACAAUGUCUGCCCGAGAACCAAUCUAAUGAAGCACUGGAUGCGCCUCUGUUUCCUGACCGACCCUCGGGGCAAAGUUCCCGUCAAGGUGGUGGCCAGGACAUUUGCUUCUGGUAAAACUGAGAAGCUGGUCUACCAGUGCCUGUCCGAACUGGGUCUGCCGUCAGGGAAGAAUGACGUCAUGGAAAAAGAAGCCUUCACGUUUGACAAGUUUUACGCUCUGUAUCAUAAGAUUUGCCCGAGAAACGAUAUUGAAGAGUUGUUUCGUUCUAUAACUCAAGGCAAAUCCGAUCGCAUCAAUUUGGACCAGUUCGUGAACUUCCUGAAUGAGAAGCAACGUGAUCCUCGACUCAACGAGAUCCUGUACCCGCUGUACGAUGAGAAGAGAGCAGCUGAGAUCAUCACGACUUAUGAACAGAAUGAGGAAGCCAAAAAUGCCAAAUGCUUGACAAAAGACGGUCUGAUCCGCUACUUGAUGUCGGACGAGAAUGCUCCUGUGUUCCUCGACCGUCUCGACAACUAUAUGGACAUGGACCAGCCACUCGCUCACUACUACAUCAACUCAUCGCACAACACGUACCUAAGCGGACGACAGUUCGGAGGGAAAAGCUCCGUGGAGAUGUACCGACAGGUCUUGUUGGCUGGUUGCCGAUGCGUAGAGCUAGACUGUUGGGAUGGCAAAGGCGAGGAUGAAGAGCCAAUCAUAACGCACGGCAUGGCAAUGUGCACUGACAUACUGUUCAAAGAUGUCAUAUACGCCCUGAGGGAUACCGCCUUCGUGACUUCAGACUACCCAGUCAUCCUAUCAUUUGAGAACCACUGUUGCAAGGCCCAGCAAUACAAGCUGGCCAAAUACUGUGACGAGAUCUUGGGUGAUUUGCUGCUUAAGGAACCGCUGCCUGAUCAUCCGUUGGACCCAGGAGUGCCAUUACCUCCGCCUUCAGCCCUCAAACGCAAGAUCAUGAUUAAGAACAAACGUCUAAAGCCAGAAGUUGAGAAGCAAGAAUUAGAGCUGUUCCGUCAAGGACAGUUUGUCAUCGAAGAAGAAGAGAAAGAAGAUGCUUCUGCAGUCGCCAUUCUGGAUAAAAAGCCUGAAGAGAUCGUAGCCGAAGCAGCAUCGGCUGGCGAUGACGCACCUCCUCCCGUUGCGUACACAGGAUCUACAACCAACGUUCAUCCAUGGCUCUCGUCCAUGGUCAACUACGCGCAGCCCAUCAAGUUCCAAGGCUUCGAAGAGGCAGAUAAGCGCAACAUUUACCACAACAUGUCCUCGUUCGCUGAGACGACCGGCAUGAACUACCUAAAGAGCCAAGCCAUCGACUUCGUGAAUUACAACAAGCGACAGAUGUCCCGUAUUUAUCCUAAAGGAACCCGUGCUGACUCCUCUAAUUACAUGCCUCAGGUAUUCUGGAACGCCGGAUGUCAAAUGGUGUCCCUAAACUUCCAAACGUCAGACUUGCCAAUGCAACUGAACCAAGGCAAGUUCGAGUACAACGGGAACUGCGGAUACCUGUUGAAGCCGGACUUCAUGCGGCGCGCGGACCGUAGCUUCGAUCCUUUUGCCGACGCGCCAGUCGAUGGCGUCAUCGCGGCUCAGUGCAGUGUCCAGGUCAUAGCUGGUCAGUUUCUGUCAGACAAGAAGAUCGGGACCUACGUUGAAGUGGAUAUGUACGGUCUACCGUCAGACACGAUCCGCAAGGAAUUCCGCACGAGAAUGGUGCCUGCGAACGGAUUGAACCCAGUUUACAACGAGGAGCCUUUCUUGUUUAGGAAGGUCGUGCUUCCUGACCUAGCCGUCCUCCGUUUCGGUGUUUACGACGAGAACGGCAAGCUCCUGGGCCAGAGGAUCCUGCCGCUGGACGGGCUCCAAGCCGGCUACAGGCACAUCUCGCUCAGGACCGAAGCAAACUUCCCUAUGUCACUGCCCAUGUUGUUCUGCAACAUCGAACUCAAGAUUUACGUCCCGGACGGUUUUGCUGAUUUCAUGGACGCUCUCUCAGACCCGCGUGCGUUCAAGAAACGUUCCGAAGACAUGCAGCAGAUGGGCAUUGAAGCUGGUGGACCUGAAAAAAGAGUGCAGCUCGAAGAGAAGAAAGAAGAGCCUCCCAUCGUCUUCGAACCUAUAACAGUGGAGUCCUUGCGCCAAGAGAAGGGCUUCCUAAAGACCGGCAGGAAACAGCAGAAAGACCUGGACGCAAUGAGGAAGCGACAUGCCAAAGAGAAGAUGGCAUUGCAAAAGCAACAAUGCACUGCACUUGAGAAGAUGAUAAAGGGAAAGAACAAAGAGCAGUUGAGCACUGAUCCGGCCUUCCGCAAGAUGGUCAACGAACAGUCGACGGCGUGGAGUGAGCUGGUAGCCAAGCACCGAGUGGAAGAGUGGACCAACACCAGGAACCGCCUCAACGAACAACGGGAACUGCUGAAGAAAAUGAUGGAGCAGACACAACAGGCUCAAGUCAAACGCCUCGAAGCCAAGCAUGAGAGGGAGCUGAAAGAGAUGAACGCUCGUCAGGCCAGGAUCAGUAUGGAGACCAGCAAAGAGGUCGCCAACGACAAAACUUUGAAGACCAAACAAGAAAAAGAUAGACGACUCAGGGAGAAAAAACAAAACAACACAAAGAAGUUUAUGGACGAAAGACUGAGUCACACUAAGAAACAAAACCGCGAGAAGGAUAACUUGAAGGCGACACACGAGAAACAGAUGGAAGAGCUGUCAAAAGAUGUUGAUAAUCUAAUCGAGAUGUACAAGAUGGAGGAAUCCGAAUUCGACAUGGCGAGUAAAACGGAAUUUUUUGCAUGAAAGUAUCCUGAAAUUGCUCCGCUGCUGGAGCAAUUGACUGUGAAAGUGGAGUGAAGUGAUCUCAUUUAAAUAAAUAAAUUUUAAACAAAUAAA